GAAAAAUCUCUUUAAAAAAAAACUAGUGUCAAAUUAUUACACGAAAUUAUCAAUCGUUUUCGCACAUUAUUUGCCAAAUGCUAGUUUACUUAUAAUAAUAUACAUUUAGAAUAAGAGCGACAAGACGACGCUUUUAUCUAUUAUAAUAAGGGUAAAUAAUUUAUGUUUUAACUGUGUCUUAGUGUUAUACAUAACUAUAAUUUAAAAAAAAACUUAUAGUGGACGAAAUUUUAUGAAUUUCCCAUUUUUUAAUUUCACUUUAUAUAUUUAAAAUGCAGGCUAGCAACGAUUCACUAUCAGUUCUAACACCAAAUAUAAGUGGAUCGCCAGCUGUUUUAUUAACUCCUGGACGUACAAGAAACAUCGCUCAAGAUAUGGAAGCAUUAAGGCUUUCUAGACAAGACAAUCCAUAUUUACAGCAAGUUAUGGCGAGCAGAGAGAGUUUAAUUGAAAGCCAUGCAGAAGAAUGUGAAUCAGACGAUACAAUACUAAUGUCACAGGAGUUUGGCAGUGCAGCUUUAGAUUUCGUCGAAGAUGAUCCCAUGACCCUUAAAGAGGUCCACGAACACUUAAUACGAUCACCACCACCGACAAGUUGUUGGCCAAACGACUCACUGUCGUACCGCGCAUCCAGUGCGUUCGACUUCGCAGACACGCCCGUCUCGUAUAGUGCUUACUCGGUCAAUUCCCAGGAAAAGGAGUUGUUACCGUCACGUUCUCCACGCCGCGGUACCAGGAGUGAAGAAUCGAAGAACAAUAACACACCGAGUCGACCUCGGUCUUCUAGAUCGGUUUCUCCUAGGUCACAUGACCUGACCUUGUGUGGCCGACCUUUGUCAUUACCGGGUGAAAGUCAUCUCCGUACUGCACUCAGUAAAAAACCAAAUGCACCGCAGACGGACAGGUUUUCCAUAUUACAACACCCAAGACCUCUGCGACGGCCCCACACUAACCGCCGAGACGAGGACAGCGUUAAAUUGGUCCAAGAUUGCGACAAGUAAGGCAAAUCAAAUAAUUAAAAAAAAAAAACAGGAUCAUUUUAGUUGUGCAACUAUCUUGUGAGCCACCUUGCUGUAAUACAUAAGCAAGUUUCGUUGGAAUACAACAGCAAUGCAAGAGCUUGUAACAUUUACAUGGAAAUCCUUGCGGUGCAAUGGCCUUGGUUAAGGAUUGUUGGGUAAAAAUUGCAAGAUGGAAUUUAUGCUCGAUACAUCUGUGAAAGAAAAAAUGAGCCACUAUGCACUAUUCUCGCAAUAAAUCAUUUACCAUCGCGUAAAUUAUUGUGACGAAUAUUGUGGAGUUCGUGCGAUGAACCUUCGUUUUAUUAUGUCGGUUAAUAAAUUUGUAGAUGCUUGCUUUUAAUGGUGCCCUUAUAUUAUAAAGAAGUUACGUUGGAAUUUAAGUAAAUUUUUAUUAUACUAACUUAUAAACAUUUAUUUUUAUCUUUUGUUAAAUAUAAAAUUAUAAUUGUAACGUUUAAUAUUAUUAAGUAUUAUUUCAGAAAAAUUUUAGGCGCAUUAAUUAUAUGUAAUCCCAUUAAAUAUCGAGAGAGAAUUAAAUGAUAAUUAAGUAUUAACAUAAAUAUAUUAAAUUAAUUUAUUCAAACAAAAAAUAAAAUAAAAAUACGUGAUAUUAAAUUAAAGAAAGCUUGUAGAAAAGUAGACAAUCUAUUUUAUUUGUUAUGGCAACUUUUUGGCAUUUUAGUAUGCUGCGUCGUUGAGAUCUUUACUUAUAGAGAGAAAAAAAAAGUGGUAUGUGUUACAUAGAUAACGAAAAAAUCUUCAAUAGUAAUUUCGUCUUGUGUUCAAUAUUACCUUUGACAUGUUAUUUUUUAAUUAAGAAAACGAUAGUGUGAAAAUUUACCCAAAGUUUGACGUUAAUUGAAGUACGAACAUGUACACACUUAUUUAAUUUAAAAGCUUCAAAAAUCGAAUACCAGUGAAUAUUAUAUUUAUAAUAUGGUUUCAAGAAAGUCAUUCCCACAAAAUUCGAACAUAACAGUAUUAUAGUAGUGAAAUGGCUGAACCACGAUCUUUUAAAUAGAAGGAAUUGAUAAUCAUUUUAAGAAUUGUAUAAAACUAUAAAAAACAUAAGUAUUUUUAAUGAAUAUUAGUAUUGUCAUAAUUAUUACGUGUGUAUUAAUAUGUAUUACUGAAAAUAUGUUUCAAUAUUGUAUUGUUUUAAAUAUAUAACGGAUUGGAAGCCAAAGGAUUAGUGUAUUUAAUGUUACAAACACAUUCCUAAAUGCUCAUCCUAGUAUUAAUUCCUAAUGUAGUCAACGCGUAGAUAAUAUUCGAUAUUCGAGUAAUUUUGUCUUAGUGUUGCCAGAUUUUUAUAGCAAGAAAUAUAUUUACUAGUGACGCUAUACUGAUAUCGAUAUUUUUCAAAUGUAAAAUAUCUUAUUAACUUGUUUAAAUUUAUAAUAAUAUAUCAAUUACGUUUAGUCAAUUAUUUCACAAUUUUUUUUUAAUUAUUGUCAAUAAAGCAAUAGCUAGCAAAGUAUCGGUAUCGGUAUCAGAUUCGAUGACAUUUCUUGUUUUUACAAACUCGAGUGUUGCCCAUUAAAAAUUCAAGAUGUAAUCGUUGAAGAUAUUUAAAAUAUUUUAGUUUAUAAAAAAGCGUAUUUUCUUUUAUGGUAUAUCUUUU